AUGACAAAGAGAACCAAGAAGGCCGGUAUUGUUGGGAAGUAUGGCACCCGAUAUGGUGCUAGUCUGAGGAAGCAAAUCAAGAAGAUGGAAGUUUCUCAGCACAGCAAGUACUUCUGUGAAUUUUGUGGGAAGUAUGCGGUGAAGCGUAAGGCUGUCGGAAUCUGGGGUUGCAAAGAUUGCGGAAAAGUGAAAGCUGGUGGCGCCUACACCCUAAAUACCGCAAGUGCCGUGACUGUUAGGAGUACCAUCCGAAGGCUCAGGGAGCAGACUGAGAGUUAG